AUGGAGGGCUGCUGGACCGAGACCAUCAGCCCGGAGCAGAGCUCCUUGUUCCCAACGCUGCUGCAGCUCUCCACCGAAGAGAUUAUUGCUAUUUGGGACACCGUGUCCAAUUACAUCCUGGAAGAGCUGAUGCAGGACAAGGGUGUGCUGCUAGCGGGGCUCGGCACCUUCUGCACGGUCCGGGAGCCACUGCGCCCUGGCAAAGACGACGUGCUGACAGUUCGAAGGCCUGUGUUCCAGCUGGAAAUGGACAUGGUCUGGCUGCAGAGGCUCCAGCAUCCCAAAGUGACUCUGCCUGACAACGUGAAGAUCAAGCCGCUGAAGUACCGGCAGCUGUCCCUGGCCACCUCCUUCUCGAGGCGCGUGGUGGAAGACUGCGUGCAAGAGACCAUCCGCUUGUUCUCUGCGCACGUGCGCAACAAAGAGAAGGUCGCCUUUGCCUUCAGGGACGUCGGCGUUCUGACUUGCCAGGAAGACAAAGUGCACAUGAGCUUUUAUGCCCGCUGCACCCGGUGGCUGGCGGACCCCUGCAGUGUAAGUUGCUCCGCUUUCCCUGCGAUUUCUUUGGGAAUCCUAUGGAAGGAUGAGCGACCUGAUGUGUCUUCUCCGCACCGGCAUGAGGGGCUAAUGUUCUCGGCAGAGAGCUUAGAGGAGGCUUUGGAGAGGCGGCCUCCUCUUGUGGCAGGAGAAUGCUCUGCUGCCUUCAGAAGCAAGGCGAGAGCUGCCUUGGAAGCCUCCCAAUGGGUCUGUGUUACAUUGCAGAGACUGCCUACGAUAGAUCUCUCCAUCUCCGGCACACCUGCUGCCCUGGGGACCCGGCCUAGCCCUCUGCAUGUGUUCCCGAGGUUUCAGCUUGCUGUGCAAGGCAGCGUGGAGGCCCAGGCUGCCCCCGCCGGCUGCCCACAGGAGAAGGAGCAGGAGCUGGAAGAAGAGCUUGGGGCCGUCAGGAGCAGCAAAGAGAGGCGUCCUGGCAAGCUCCUGCCGCACCGCGAGGAGCUUUCUCUCCCCGUGCUGCCAAAGUGCGGGGAAGGCGCGAGGCGGCAAGGCAUGGAGAGCAAGCCUGCUGCCAGGACCCUUGUGAACCAGACGGCCCCCAUCCCGGGCACCUCCCCGGGGAAGCAGGUUGGCGUGCAAUACCUCCCGCACCCUCCCGCCGGACCUCAGCGUGGCCGUGCCGGCGCCACUCCCAGGGGUGCAGCACAGGAUGCAGCCUGCCCUCCCACGCAGAGGUUUGGAAGAGCUGCCCACGUCUCCCUCUUGAAAGAGGAGCAGAGGCAGCACCAAGCAUCGUGGGAGGAACAGCAGGCCGCACUGGAGAAAGAGGCCCGGCGUCAGGCCCAGAUCACACUAGUGGAGCUGCAAUACGCCCUCGAGCAGCGUCGUCGCCCAGACACUGACAUGCCGGGGAGGCCCCCCCAACGGCAAGCGUCCGCACAAGCAAAGCAGAACAUGCAGCUUCUGACUUCCUACAAAGUUCUUCGGGACAGGUGGAAGGAAAGGGUGGAACGAAACCAACGGAGGCUGAUGGUGGAGGAGGAGUGGCGCCGCGCUUUGGUGAUGCGCCACCUCCAGAAGAGAGAGCAGCAGGACCGUGUGCCGGGCAGUUACCACCAAGAUGGCUUUUAUGCGUGGAAAUAAAGGGCCUUUCCGA